AUGAACGGAGUCGAAAGGGUGGGAAGUGAGUUCUAUGGGAAUGAUUAUCUACCAGCUAAGCCUUUCACAUCCCUAGAAACCCUAAGAUUUGAAGAUUUGCCUGAGUGGAAAGAAUGGUUAUCUUUUAGAGGUGAAGGUGGAGAGUUCCCUCGUCUCCAGGAGUUCUACAUAAAGAACUGUCCCAAGCUUACAGGGGACUUGCCAAUCCAGCUCCCUUCCUUGAUAAAACUUGAGAUUGAAGGAUGUAAUCAGCUUCUGGUUUCACUUCCAAGGUUUCCAGCAAUACGCAAAUUGAAGAUGCUCAAAUGUGGCAAAGUGCUGUGCCAGAUCCAAUAUUCUGGCUUCACUUCUCUUGAGAGUUUGGUAGUUUCAGACAUCUCACAGUUGAAAGAAUUGCCCCCAGGACUGCGCUGGCUCUCCAUUAAUAAUUGUGAGUCUGUGGAGUCUCCACUCGAGAGAAUGCUGCAAAGCAACACUCAUCUUCAAUAUUUGGAAAUAAAGCAUUGCUCUUUUUCUAGAUUCUUGCAGAGAGGUGGAUUACCCACUACAUUGAAAUCCCUAAGUAUCUAUAACUCUAAGAAACUAGAGUUUCUACUACAGGAGUUUCUGAAAUGCCACCACCCAUUCCUUGAACGGCUGAGCAUCCAUGGUACUUGUAAUUCUCUUUCGUCCUUCUCAUUCGGCUUUUUCCCAAGGUUGACUCAUCUUGAAAUCAGUGAUCUUGAGCGGCUUGAAUCUCUUUCAAUUACAAUUCCAGAAGCGGGUCUCACGUCUCUUCAGUGGAUGUUCAUCCAAGGCUGUACUAAUCUUGUGUCUAUUGGAUUGCCAACUCUUGACUCGUCAUGCCCUCUACUUGCCAGCUCUCAACAGUCGGUAGGGCACGCUCUCUCAUCUUUGCAGACGUUGACUCUUCAUGAUUGUCCUGAAUUGUUGUUCCCUAGAGAGGGUUUUCCCUCGAAACUACGUUCUCUUGAAAUUCACAACUGCAACAAACUGAGUCCCCAGGAGGAUUGGGGUUUGCAAAGAUUCUCCUCUCUUACUCAUUUCAGAAUCAGUGGUGGAUGUGAAGGCUUGGAGACAUUUCCAAAGGAUUGCCUGCUGCCCUCCAAUCUUACCUCUCUCCAAAUCUCGCGUCUUCCAGAUCUCAAGUCUCUUGACAACAAUGGGCUUAAGCACCUUGCUCUUCUUGAAAAUUUAUGGGUAGACUGGUGCCCCAAGCUUCAAUUCUUGGCAGAACAGGGGUUUGAACAUCUUACUUCUCUUAAAGAAUUAAGGAUCAGCGAUUGUGCUAGUCUCCAGUCCUUAACACAAGUAGGUCUUCAGCACCUUAACUGUCUUAGAAGAUUGUGCAUCAGUGGCUGCCAUAAGCUCCAAUGCUUGACAGAAGAGAGGCUUCCUGCAUCCCUCUCUUUUCUAGAAAUAAGAUACUGCCCCUUGCUGAAACGUAGGUGCAAAUUUAGGGAAGGGCAAGAUUGGCACUAUAUAAGCCACAUUCCAUGCAUAGUGAUUGAUGACCAAGCUUUCUAA